GAAGAUGACAGGUGCCAGCAGAGAAUCUGGGUAUGUGGACAACUGGCAGACUGGAAGGACUGUCACUCAGUGUAAUCUGCGCAUGCUCGACACAGAAGAUUUCAGUGACGUCACUUUCCUUGUAGGGUCGAAUAAGCAGGAGAUCAGAGCUCACCGCUACGUUCUUGUCAGUCGAAGCUGUGUCUUCCAUGCCAUGUUCUGUGGCCCCCUGGCGGAGAAGGGGGAGGUAACCAUCCCUGACAUUGAGGCAGACAUCUUCAGAGAGUUCCUAAGGUAUGUGUACACAGACAAGGCUACUGUCAGCACUGAUACAGUCAUAGGACUCAUGUACACAUCCAGGAAAUAUGCUCUAGAUGCAUUGUACAGUCUCUGUGUAACGCUCCUGGAGACUUCACUGACAGAAGACAAUGUCUGCCAGAUCCUGGAGCAGUGUCAUGGUUACGGAGAACUGGACUUGGAACAGAAGGCCCUGAAGAUCCUGACUGAAGGAGGAAAGAAAGUCAUCCAGUCUUCCGAUUCGGGCAGCUUUGCCCCUGACUGUGCGGCUAAAUUUGUCAGGUCAAGUAAUCUUAGAUUUAAAGGAGGAAGACAUAUUUGAAGUUGUGCUGUCCUGGACAAAGGAAAGAUGCCGGAAGGAAGGUGUGAGUGACACGCCUGAGAACAGACGGAGACUCCUGGGGAGAUAAAGUAUGACAUCAGAUUCACCAGCAUGUCCAUGGAGUAUGUUGUCAAGGUUGUGGGAAGAUCUGGUUUGUUGACAGACAGCGAGAGAAUACGAAUAAUGGACAGAGCCAUAGACACAACUGUUGACAUAUCUCCAUUUAACCAUUCUGUGAGAAAAGCCCCAAGUACUAUCAUUAAGAAACUGAAGACACCCUGUAAGAGUGUGUACAGGUUCUUGUCUUACCGACAUUUAUUAAUACCAGCUGGGUCUCAUGCUAUCU